AUGGGUCGUUCCAAAUAUUUAGUUGAGCUUAGGGAGCAGGACGACGGCGUCAUUCUGUGGCGAAUCAUCCUCCGAAAUAGAAACGGCGAGCUCUACACAUGUGGGGAUCAUCCAUCCCCUAUAGCUCCCCACACAUCAUCAAGAAAUCAGGGAAAGAUCAGGCGGCACUUGGCCUGGAUUAUGAUCCCGAUCAAUGGCCGGCAUCCCGGCGUCGCCGAGCGCUACACCGUGCGGGCACCAGUAGCUUCCAUACUAAGGGAAAUCGAAGCAUCAGAUACUCGGUAUGUCGAUCCUUCCAUAAACGCCGCGGUUCGGCAGGCACUAUCGAAAUUCCUCGUGUUACGAGCGGUUAGAGACGGGAAAGGCGUGGUUGAGCAACAUCAAAGGAGGGCGAUGACCAUGCGAAGGUCCGCACGCAGGAAUCGGAAUCAGAGGGAGGGAGAUAUUGAAGGGAUAAGGGUGGAAAGGGUAGAUGCUACGGAGGCUGAGGACAAGUUGAAGGCAGACGUUACAUUGCGGAGAUAUCGUUGCCGGGUGCCGAGCGGUUUGAGGAAGUUCUGGAUGCUGGAAGAGAGGGAAAAAUUUCUUGAAAGUGAAAAGCGAAAGCUGGAGAUAGAGCCAGAGAAGGACCACAGUUGA